AUGCAUCAACGAGUGCGCCACGUCGCCGCCACGCCCCCCCAGCGCGCGCCGUCGGCCCGCGGCUCCAGCGAAUCGACGCCGGGACCACCCGCCCACGCGGUGUUCGGGCCGAAGCCCGCGUCGCGCACGCGGCCCGCGAUCUUCGCCCUCCGGCUCACGGGCGGCCGCGGUCGCCCGCCCGUUCCCGCGGUUUCGUCGGCGCGCGCGCAGUCGCGACGCGGCGAGGGUCGCAGCGGUGUCGCCCGCCGGCCUUCCUGGCGCCGUCGCGCGCGGACAGCCCCCCCGGUCGCGGGUGCACACGGUAGACGCGGCACGCGCUUACGCAGCGCGACAGCGGCCACCGCGACAGCGCUCGCCACGCGCCGCAGCGCGCCGCGUCCACCGCCGCGGUUGGGCCCGGCGCGUCCCGCGGCGGUCGGUCCGCAGCCGGCGCCUCACCAGCGUUCGUCCGAGCGACCGUGUGUCGCGCAGCCGCGCCGGUCGCACCGCGCCGCUCGGGUUGGCAACGUAGCCGUCCCGCCGAGCGGCCCGCGGUGUCCGCCGCCACACCGCCCCGGCGCUAAGACGCGCGCGGUGCCGCCGCGCGCGCCGCGCGCCGCGCGCGCCGACGCGCGACACGAGACGGGCGCGCGCCGGCGGAGGUCGGACCGGCGAGCCGCACGCCGCCGUGGGCCGGGUCCACCCGCUCGAGUUACCCAACCGGCGGCUCCGCCCGCCCCCCUGAGUCGCCUCGCCGCACGGCGGCCCGCGUUGGCCCCGCGGUUCUCGCCCCGGCGUCCGCUCCGUCGGUUCCGCGGGGUUGCGCGCCGCGCGCGGCGCCCCGCCCGCUCCUGCGCCCCCGCGCCCGCCCUCACCGCCGCGCGGUCCGCGCGGCGCGCGCGUAGCCGCGGUGUAGAUGGCCCUGCUGUCGCGCGGCACUGCGCGCGCGUCCGGCGCCCGCCCCGCGCACGGUGGCGGCGCGCCCGUGGCGCGGUUGUGCGGACGCCCGGCACGCGGUGUGCCUUCCCGCGCCGGCGCCGACGCCGCGCGCACGCCCCGCCCGAGCGCCGCGCCGUGGGGCCAGCGAGUCGCGCGCGGUGGGGCGGACGAGCGCCAGUGAGCGAACCGCCUGCGACGGCGGCGCCCGCGCGGCGCCGCGUCGCGGUGCCCGGCGCCGGCGAGCGCGUCGCGGUUUUGGCCCCCGCUAGCCGCGGGCCGUGCCGCGCCGCGCACGCCGCCGCGUCGUCCUACCGCGACUGCCGGGCGCGCCCGGCGGAACGCGGCGGCCCGGCGAAGCGCGGCCGCGCCGCGCCACGCCGACAAUUUGCGACGGUUCGGCUGCUCCCGCGCAGACGCCGCGCGGUGAGCGCCCCCCGCGCGCGCGCUUUUCACGCCGCGGGAUCCGGGCUCGAACCACGUCCCGACGCGUCCGCGCCCCGCGGUGCGCGGCGGGCACCCCACCCCUUUCGGCGCAGCCGCCCUCGCUCUCGCGGCUGCGCGCGCGCCUCGCCUCGUCCCGGUCGGCCGCGCUGUCCGGCCCGGUCCGCGACGCGCGGUGCGGUCCCGCCGCGCGCCGUCGCGCGCCGCGCGACCCGCCCCGCCAACGCCGCGGUUUCCCGGUUGCGCGCGCGCGCUCGCGCGCGGCCCCGCCGCGCGCUCGCGGUGUAG